AUGGAAUCAAAUUCUAAUAAUGCCUCCAACCAAGGAUCAGUCGAAAAAAUUCCAGCUAAAGACUCAAUCCUCCCUGUUCACACCCAAGAAUAUGAUUUAGCUGUCUCCAGGAGUACCCCUAUGGCCAUGACCGAGGGACAUCGAUUGAAAAAAGACUUGCAAUCAAGACACAUUACAAUGAUUGCUAUAGGAGGUGCAGUAGGUACCGGCUUGUUGAUUGGUACUGCUUCAAGUAUUUCCACUGCCGGUGGUGGAGCAACUUUUGUGGCAUACUCUAUCGUUGGGAUUGUGGUAUUUUUCGUUAUGGCUGCACUUGGAGAAAUGGCUUCUUUCAUUCCUUUACCAGAUGGUUUCCCUGGUUAUUCUUCAAGAUAUGUGGAUCCAGCAAUGGGAUUUGCAGUUGGCUACUCAUAUUUGUGCAAGUAUCUUAUUGUUACACCAAACCAAUUGGUCGCCGGCUCCUUAGUGAUGCAGUACUGGGUUAGUCCAGAAAAGGUCAACCCUGGUGUUUGGAUUGCCAUCUUACUCGUGGUCGUUUUGUUAGUGAACUAUUUUGGUGUAAAGUUCUUUGGGGAAUUUGAAUUUUGGUUAUCAUCCAUAAAAGUCGUCACUAUCUUGGGUCUAAUUAUUUUGUUGUUUAUUAUUAUGUUGGGCGGUGGCCCAAGCCAUGAUAGAUUGGGAUUCAGAUAUUGGACUGACCCGGGGGCCUUCAAACCAUAUAAACAUAUAGAGCCACCUUCGAAGGGAAAAUUUGUUGCGUUUUGGGCUGUUUUUGUGUACGCUGUGUUUGCUUACUUGGGAACAGAAUUGGUUGGUGUUACUUUUGGCGAAGCUAGAAACCCAAGACAUUCUAUCAAAAAGGCCAUCAAAUUAACCUUUUACCGUAUUUUGGUAUUUUAUUGCGCAUCCUGCUUCUUGUUGGCUUGCUGUGUCGCUUAUAAUGAUCCAUUGUUAUUGUCUGCCAAAGGGACUUCAGCUGCUGCCUCUCCAUUCGUUAUUGCCAUCAAAAAUGCCAAAAUAAGCGUUUUGCCUCAUGUUGUCAAUGCAUGUAUUCUAAUUUUCAUUUUUUCCGCGUCAAAUUCCGACUUAUACAUUGCUACUAGAACCCUAUAUGGCUUAUCUGCAAAUGGAAAAGCUCCAAAGAUUUUCUCUCGCACAAACAAAAAUGGGGUUCCAGUUUACUCUUUGGCUUUUGCUGGACUUUUCUGUUGCUUGGCAUUCAUGACAUGCUCUUCAUCUUCCAAAACUGUGUUUAAUUAUUUUGUCAAUGUGGUCUCUAUUUUCGGAUUGCUCACUUGGAUUUCCAUUCUUGUGACAUAUAUUUUCUUCACAAGGGCAGUCAAGGCACAAGGAUACGUCAGAACAAGAGAUUUUGUAUAUUAUGCCCCACUUCAGCCUUAUGGCACUUAUUUUUCCCUCUUCAUGUGUUGCAUGAUUGCAAUAAUCAAGAAUUUUACAGUUUUCAUUGGAGGAUUUGAUUAUAAAAGUUUUGUCACUGGUUACAUUGGAAUUCCUGUUUAUUUUAUUUGCUUUAUUGGCUAUAAGAUUAUUAAGAAGUCAAAGUUUAUUAAACCUGAAGAGGCUGACUUAUUCACCUACAAGGAUGUCAUUGACGCCGAGGAAAAAGAAUGUUUGAGAGAAGAAGAAGAAAUGGCCAAGUUAAAAAUCAAUGGGAAGAAAGACUGGCAAUGGUUUUAUGAUAAAUUCAUUGGAUGGUUGUUUUGA